GCUCUUUUUUCCUGAUACGAAUGCUGAAAUAAUGGUUGAUUUGACAUUAAACCGAAGACAUAUUUAUAUCUUUUAUAUAUUGAAUAAGUCUCCCUUUCUUACUUGUCUUCACCUUGACUGUUGAUCAAAAAUGUUCAGACAUUUAUCGCAAACAAUCCCCAAAUCUAUUUCAAAGACAUCUCUCAUCGUUUUGCGAUAUAGCAAAUGCUAUUCCAGCAUAAGAUACUACUCUAUUGCUGCUUCAACUGAUUUUGACACAGCUUAUAUCAACCCAAAUGAUUACGAAAAUAGUUUACUUAAAAAUGAGCCAAAUCCCAUUGAAAAUACCACCUCCUUAACAAUAACUGAUCCUCUAGUAAUUUAUCAAAACUAUGUUGCCAGGGGUAUCUUAAGAGGCGAUGAAUCCCAAUUAAGAGCUGCAAAGGAAUUCCAGAAUUUGUAUUAUAGAGUUAAGGAUUAUGUUCCAGAAAAUUCAAAUUUAAUUAAAAUGAGAGCAGUUUUUAAAGAUAUUGAAACCAAAAUGAUUUUCAAAAAACAUAAAGAAGGCUUGCUACAAAAUUGGUUUUCAAAAGUCUCGGAAUCAAUAAAUUUAUCAAAUUCUCAUUACAAUAAAUAUAAAAAGACAAAAAGUUUGGUUAAAGUCUUAAACGAUGAAGAACAAGUAUAUAAAAUCAAUGCUCCUUUGGGUUUCCUAUUAAAUGGAGAAGUUGGCUGUGGCAAAUCGAUGUUAAUGGAUAUCUUUGCUGCCUCGUUGCCCCAUAGUUCAAAGGGUAGAUGGCAUUAUAAUAAUUUCAUGUUGUGGGUCUACGAUCAAAUCAAUACUAUUCAAAAAAGAAGAAGUCUUAUUAAUAAUUUUGCAAAUACGUCAACCGCUAUAUCUUUUGAAAGUGAAUUAGUUUUAUUUGAAAUCGCUUCAAAUAUGAUUAAUAAGAAUUCGAUAUUGUUACUAGAUGAAUUCAUGUUACCUGAUUUAGCUGCAGCCAAAAUUGUUAAAUUAUUAUUCACAUAUUUUUUUCAAUUAGGUGGUGUAUUAGUUGCAACUUCAAAUAGAUUGCCAGAAGAGUUAUAUUCAAAUAAAUUUAAAAAAUCCGAGUUUACAUCAUUUUUAACUAUUUUACAAUAUAGAUGUUCGACUAUGGAUAUGAAAAGUUUUAAUGAUUAUAGAAGCAUACUAAGUGAAGAAUCAAAAGAUUUAAAUAUCGAGCCCUAUCUAAUUGUUAAAGAUCAAACCUAUAAGGAUUCAACUCAAGAUAAAGAAUGGAACAAAUUGUUGGAUUCAAUAAUAGAUAUGAAUAAAGGAUUACAAAAUCAAAUAAAAGUAUAUGGAAGAAACAUAUUAAUACCCUGGCAAUAUAAUGGGGUUGCAAAAUUCGAUUUUGAUUAUAUUUGCAAAGGAUUAUUCGGACCAGGCGAUUAUAUUACUUUGGCAUCAAACUACCAUACAUUUAUUAUUGAUAAUGUUCCAAUUAUGACAUUGCAAGUUAAAAAUGAAGCCAAAAGGUUUAUAACAUUAUUAGAUGCAUUAUAUGAGUGUAAAUGCCGAUUAAUUUUAAGAACCGAAACCAGUCCGGAUGGGAUUUUCUUUCCGGAAAUUAUCGAAAAAAGUCUGAAGGAUAACCAAAAUAGUAUCAAUAAUAAUGUAGAAGAGAUUGAAAAUGACGUUUCAAAUAGAAUUGAUGUUCAGAAUGAAGAAAUGUAUUCAAAGACUCAAAUGGAUUUAAUGGCGCCAUAUAGGCCAAACGUUUCCUCAUAUGAAGAUGGAACUGUUGAAUAUAAAAGCAUUCCAAGCUCAUGUAAAUUUGAGACUAAUUUUAAGGACAUUAAGAAAUUUACUGGAGAAGAUGAAAAAUUUGCCUAUAAAAGAGCUGUUAGUAGAAUCAAAGAAAUGACAGGAUCUAUACAAUGGAGAUCCAAUGAGAUAAAUAAAUGGAAGCCUUUGAACUUAUCGAUGAGGCCCUGGGAAGAAUUAAGUAAAGAGCUAAAAAACAAAAAUAUUCCUGAAUUUUUCGAUGGUGGUCUCAGCGGUAAGAGCUUACCACCCGAUUAUUCAGAGUUAAUAAAUCAUGGAAUUGAGCCAUUAACAGAUACAAUAUUCGGAAAAGAUGCUCCAAAAUUCAAACCAAAUCAUAUUUGGUCAUUGGGAUUAUGGGGAAAAGGCGAAAGAAUAAAAGACCAGAUAACUAAAAAAUGGAUAAGAGGUACAGAAUCUACAGAAUCUUAGGAUCUUGAUACAAGAUAGUGUCUUGAUCAUCAAAUAUUGCUCUUAUCAUCCGAACAUUGUCGCUCAACAAUUCUAACUUAAAAAUAUCACACAAUCAACUAUAAAUUACAAACCAUAUUUAACCAUAUUAAACCAUACUAUUCCAUAAAUACAUUUUGAAUACAGGCAGCCUUCCCAUUAUAAAUGCCGAUGGCCAAUGAUAGUUCACAACUAGACUCUUAUUGCAAUAUAUAUACACAUAAUCAAUAUUCUUUUUUCA